AAAAAUUGCUCACUUUAAGAAAUAACAAUACUGUUGAAUGCUGAUAUUUUAUUUUUAUUAUACAGAGUAAUAAAUUUAUAGAUAUAUUGGCCUCGUCCAAGAUGAAUUCAAUAUCUUGUCGGUCAACACUGCUUCUAAAAAACAUUUCUUUUACGAAAAAUUUUGGUGCAGUUCGUUGCAUAACCAAGAAAGUUCAAGAUGUCCCUACACAUACAGGACAAAAAUGGGACUCGGAUGAUUAUCGCCUUGCUCGCUUUACUCUUGCUCCAAAACAAGUGAAUACCAGUUGGGCAGUAAAUCUCAUAGCAGAGGUACCACCUAAGGAAGUUACAGAGAGGGUUGUUUGGUGUGAUGGUGGCAGUGGACCAGAAGGGCAUCCAAGAGUGUAUAUUAAUGUGGACAAGCCAGGGAAUCAUUCUUGUGGUUAUUGUGGACUACGCUUUGUAAAGAAAGAGCACCAUUAAUUACUUUAAAUAUAGGUUAUACUAUUUAUCUUUAGCUAGAGAAAAUAAAUGGUGAUGUAGUAAUA